UUUCCAGGGACAAGCUGAAGGUGAAGGCUCAGCCAGUGUCCUCAGGGAGUCUGGGGCAAGGGCUUGUUGCUCCCAUCAGCUCCCUGGAACCUGUAGCCAGCAAGGCUCCCUCAGCCCCAAGCAGGGGGCAGAGAAAAUCCCCAGGUGCUAAGAAGUUGAGAAGGGGCCUGGUAUCCCACCCCCGGGACCAGGGCACAGACAGAAGCCAGGACGACAAAUCCCAGGGCCAGCCAGAGGAAUUGGGCCCACGCGUCUACCCCAAACUGGAGAAAAUGAAAAUGCCCGUUGGGGUGAAGCAUGUGUGUUAUCUUGGUUCUGGGCCAGUGAUCCACCUCCUGGGGGCUCUCCUGCACGGCCAGGCCAACGGGCCCCAGCCUCCAAAACUGGAGGCUCUGGAGGACAUGAUGGAGGUUAGCUCAACCUCACCUGCCAAGAGGCCCAGAAGGAAGAAAAGGUCCAGGGCUCAGGGCCCCACUGGGUGCCAGGAGGGGGUGUCUGUUCAGGAGGCCGGCGCUGAGUGUCCAGGGUGCAACCCAGAGGAGGUUGAAGAUGAGGCUGGUGAACAAGACCAGGAUACAGCUCAGCUUUGGCCCCAGCAUGAGAAGCUACCCUGGGAUGUCAGGGUACGGGGCACUGUGGUCCGUGCCAUGCAGGAGGUGCUGUGGAGUCGCCUCCGGGAGCUCCCAGACGUGGUGCUGAGCCAGGAGGCAGUGGAGGGCAUCGCUGCUGGCAUCGAGGCAGCCCUCUUCGACCUGACACAGACUACCAAUGGCCGCUACAAAACCAAGUACCGCAGCCUGCUGUUCAACCUGCGUGACCCCAGAAACCCAGACCUGUUUCUCAAAGUGGUUCAUGGAGCUGUCACCCCCUACUGCCUGGUGCGGAUGAACUCCAUCCAGCUAGCCCCUCAGGAGCUGGCCCGCUGGCGGGACCAGGAGGAGAAAAGGGGCCUGGAGAUAAUUGAGCAGCAACAGAAGGAGGCAUGCAAGCUCCCGGCUUCCAAACUGACCCACAAGGGUGAAGUGGAGAUCCUGCGGGACACGGACCAGACGCUGACGCUGGAGAACCUGGUGGGACUCAUGGUGUCCAUGGACUGCAGCCCGCCGGCCCUGCCUGCCCCAUCAAAGCCCACCACGGAGCACGAGGAAACCACGGAGCAGCAUGACCCCAACUGUCACAUCUGCAUGGACUGGAAGCCGGUGCGUAAACAGUCAGGCGCCUUCAAAGCCACCAGCAGGAUGGGGGACAACAUCUUCCAGAGAGUCCCAAGCCCAACCCCUGUGUCAACUCCAGAAGGGCCCCAAAUCAGUGAGAAACCUCCCACAGAGCCCCCAGACAGGCUCCAGAUGCUCACUGGACGUACCAAGGCCCUCCCUAGCCAGCCACCCUGGGAAGGGGCUGUGGACAUGUUCUCCAUCAAGAGGUUCCGGGCCAAGGCCCAGCUGGUCUCAGGACACAGCUGUCAGCUCAUAAUGGCCCUGCCGGAGGUGAUCCGCUCAGCAGGCUGCAUCCCCUCCAACACUGUCUGGGAGCUUCUGGCCAGCAUCUGCCCAGCCCAGGUCAAGGAUGUGUGUGUGCUCAGGCUGUGCCCACAGGGACCUCGGGAUACCCAGAACUGCCGCCUGCUCUACUCCUACCUCAACAACAAGCAGUGCCAUGGCCUGGCAGCUGUGCAGCAGGUUGGGGUGGUGCUGCUGCCCCUGCCUGCCUUUCAGCCCCUGCCCAGCAGACUGCGCCCUCUUGGAGGUCCAGGUCUGGAUGUCACUCACUCGAGCUUGUUGCUGGCUGUGCUGCUCCCCAAGGCGGGGCUUCCAGGCACAGCAGAGUUCAGCUCCUUGCAGGGGAAGGUUCGCAAGACGGUUUCCUUCAACAAGAAAGUGGAGAUGAGAUGCUACCAGCCGGAGGCCAGGAGGCCAGCUGUGACCCUGAAGGGUGCCCUUCCCCCAGAGGGUGCCCUGCAGCAGGGUCAGGACAAAGGCAGCCUGGCUCCAAGGGGAAUUUGUACAUGGCAGAGGCCCCCCAGAGGCAGGGGGAGUCUGUGGGGAGAGCCUCAGACAUGGCAGGGUCCUGGGAGAGGGCAGUGGUCCCACAAACAAGGCGGGUGUCAGUCCUGGCAUCCCUAUUCAGGAGCAUCACCUGGCCAUCCCCAAAGCCAUGGCCAGCACCUCCACAGGGCUUUCUGUCCCCACCAAGCCCUCCUCCAGCAUCUUGAGUCCCUGGUGGCCCUGAGUCACCAGCUCCAAGCCUCACUGAGGUCCCCAGGCCAAGAGCUCAUUCCUCUACCAUCUGCAGCAUCUGUUCAACCCCAGACCCCUAUAGACCCUGGAAUUCUUGGCUUCCUCUCCCAGCCCCGUACAGCUCCAGAGCCCUCCAGCCAAGACCUUUACUCUUUCUUGGGCCCUACAGAUGGAGCUGGCUCCGACUGUCCUCUUCCUAGAGAUACCUGACUCUCUUUACCCAACAAGAGAGGGUUUCAGUGCCCUCACAAGUCCUGAACCCUGAGCUGUUCCAGGGACAGAGGGGCAGAGGAAGAGAAAGAUUACCUCACCCCACCUGUUGAGUGCUGUUUGUGCUGUUUGAGUUUCCUGUUCUGUGGUCUGCUUGGUGUUGAUUUUGGUUUAAUAAAGAAUUUGGUGAA